CAGGACAUCACAUCUCUUUGUCUCACUCACUCACUCACUCACUCACUCACUCACUCUCUCUCUCUGUACCUGAAUCAUGUCCAGUGUCAGUUUCCUGUGUGUUUAUCUGAGUGGAGCCUCAGUGAUCCUGCUGCUGACUGCUGUGUCUCAGGCUCAGGACCACAGCUUCACUCCUGCUCCGGACUACGACUCCGACUACAACGCCACCUUCGAGUACAGCUUCUACAGUAACGCCAGCAGCGACGAUCUAGAGAAGUUCAGCAAACAAUUCAUUGACCAAGAUGAAGAGGAGGACAUGGGAGGAUGGCAGGGGGAAGAUGUUACCAUGGAAACAACCCAUGACACCACAGAGAGGGGCAGGGCCAAUGUUCCUAAUUCUACAUCACUUCCUGUUUCUCUGGAAAUCAGGACGCUCAUCUGGACUCUGAUAAUCCUGAUCAACCUGAACCUGCAGCAGCUACAACACACACUAUGAGACCAGACACACACUCAGCAGUUGGGUGCGUUUGAUCCUGCAGAAACCAGCGUGGGUCACCUGAUCUGAGGUGGGAGGGGUCACUGUCACCUUUGCAACCUUUGACCUCAGCAGAAAGUCCGCCCAAAAAUACCUGUCCGUCGCCUCGGCGUGAGACCUGGUGGAGCUCAGCCAAUCACAAACCUUUAUCAGCACCUCCGUUUUUUCUUUUACAAACUUCACGUUUCACAGUUUUUCACUUUUUAAUUUGAACUUUGGAGAAACAACUCAACUCAGGUCUGAGACAGGCCCGUGGAAAACCCGACGGGCCGGACCUGAGCCGAGCCGAGCCGAGCCAGAACACCAACACCAGCAGCCUGACAACCAGUCGGUUUCCAGGAGGCAGCGUAAUAAUAUUAAUAUUAAUAUUAAUAUUAAUAUUAAUAUUAAUAUUAAUAUUAAUAUUAAUAUUAAUAAUAAUAAUAAUAAUAAUAAUCAGGUCGUCAGAAUAAAUUUCACAGAAAUCAGAAUGAUGAUGUGUCAGAGACAGAUUUAUAUAUAAAUCAUGUAAAAUGUCAAAUAAUGAACAUUGUAGAAUCUGGACUCGGGCCUCAGGUUGUAAAGUUCUGUGACUGACGGCUCGGACCGGCCGACUGUUGAUUUCACACUCCAAACCAGCAGGGGGCAGCACAUCACCAGGAAACCGGGGGUUUGAUUUUUCAGUCUGAUGAGGAUGAAAACUUCCUUUUUUCUUUUAGUGAGAAGAAACAGAGAAUUCAGUCCAACCGUCUAAACUCCUCCCUAACCCUCUGAGAAUCAAACAGCUGCACUUUCUGUUCACGGCUCGAUGUUUUCUGUCUGUUACACUUUGUUCUGAAGCCGCGAGAAAGAAACUUCAUGGAAAAAUUAGAAUAAUUGAACAGAGGAAACAAACAUUUGGAUUUGGUGUUUAAAUGGUUGAAACUGUCACACACACUGUCACACACACACUGACACACACAGUGGAGUGUCCUGUUUCCACUGGAAAACAAAUGUUUUCCUGAGCAGAAAAAUCUGAAAGUUAAAGUUUUACAGUAAAUAACAGAAAUGAAUUAUGGGAACAGAAACGAUGGCGUUCAGAAGAAUCUGCAGCAGAUUUCUGUGCUUUUUCUUUAAUAUUUGUAUUUUUCAAUAAAGCUUCUAAAAAGUUAUGAAAAGCAUCGAUUUGAUUUUUUUAAUGGUUACUGCUCAGCACACACACACACACACACACACACACACACACACACACACACACAGCAGCAGCAGCUUUGCUGAGGUAUUUUGACGGUUG